CGCUCUCCAGGGAGAUUCCGGCCUGCACUAGCCAUGGGGCCUGGGGCAGGCUGCUGGGACCACCUGUUGCUGACUGUGGCUACUGCCCUGAUGCUGUCCAUGAGGCCUCCAGGCUCCUGGGGGGCCAGGAUCAUUGGGGGCAGAGAGGUGACCCCACACUCCCGUCCCUACAUGGCAUCGGUGAGCUUCAACGGCCAGCAUCACUGCGGGGGCUUCCUGCUCCGCGCCCGCUGGGUGGUCUCAGCUGCCCACUGCUUCAGCGACAUAGACCUCCGAACAGCUCUGGUGGUGCUGGGGGCCCACGCUCUUCGCACCUCAGAGCCCACCCAGCAGGUGUUUGGCAUCUCUGCUGUCAUCAGGCACCCUGACUACCACCCCACGACCCACGCCAAUGACAUCUGUCUGCUGCAGCUGAACAGCUCUGCCAUCCUGGGUCCUGCCGUGGGUCUGCUGCGGCUGCCAAAAAGAGGCUCAAGGCCACUCAGGGCUGGGGCGCUGUGCCGGGUGGCCGGCUGGGGCUCUGUGUCCAACUUUGAAGAGUUGCCACCUGGGCUGAUGGAGGCCGAGGUCCGUGUGCUGGACUUGGACAUCUGCAACAGCUCCUGGAGGGGCCACCUGCCCCCUGCUAUGGUCUGCACUCACAGUGGGGACCGAUGGCGACGAGGUUUCUGCUCAGCAGACUCUGGGGGGCCCCUGGUGUGCAGGAACCGGGCCCAUGGCCUUGUUUCCUUCUCCGGCGUCUGGUGCGGCGACCCCAAGACUCCAGAUGUGUACACACAGGUAUCCACUUUCGUGCCCUGGAUUUGGGAUGUGGUUCGGCAGCACCUGCAUACCCCUCAGCCCAGCUCCCCACCCAGGACCACUGGGGCCCCCACGGGAGCUGCCUGAACCACAGCAGCACUGAGUACACAAAUGAGAUGACAACCAGUGCAAACAGCUCCAGCCUGGGAAACCGGUGCAAACAGCAUCCAUGCCUGGGGCAGGGUGUCCACGGGGCCCCCAAACCCAGGAAGCUUGGG